AUGGCUCUAUUACUGGAGGAGCCAACUCCAGUCCUCCAUGCAUCAUCCACAGCCAUUCCCAAGCUCGUCGCUCCCGAACCAGAGAACUGUCCCGGUCCCGAAUCCGAACAAGCAGGCAAAGGCGAUGCCUGCGCCGGCUGCCCAAACCAAACCAUCUGCGCCUCUGCCCCCAAGGGCCCCGAUCCCGACAUCCCCGUCAUAACCGCCCGCCUAGCCUCGAUACGACACAAAAUCCUUGUCCUCUCCGGCAAAGGUGGCGUGGGGAAGUCGACCUUCUCCACCCUCCUCGCACAGGCGUUCGCCUCCAAUCCCGACUCAACUGUCGGCAUCAUGGACACGGAUAUCUGCGGCCCUUCCAUACCGAAGAUGAUGGGUGUCGAGGCUGAGACGAUCCAUGUUAGCAACGCGGGCUGGAGUCCCGUGUGGGUGUCGGAUAAUCUAUCUGCGAUGAGCGUGCAGUUCAUGUUACCCAACCGAGAUGAUGCGGUCAUCUGGCGCGGCCCGAAGAAGAAUGGGUUGAUAAAGCAGUUUUUGAAAGAUGUUGAAUGGGGCGAGUUGGAUUAUUUAAUCGUUGAUACGCCGCCGGGUACGUCUGAUGAGCAUCUUUCGGUGAAUUCGUUUCUGAAGGAAUCGGGCGUUGAUGGGGCGGUGGUCGUUACGACGCCGCAGGAAAUGUCGUUGUUGGAUGUCAGGAAAGAGAUUGAUUUUUGCCGGAAGGCGGGGAUUCGGAUAUUGGGACUCGUGGAGAAUAUGUCUGGCUUUGUCUGUCCGAAGUGCACGCAUGAGUCUCAGAUUUUCCGUGCAACGACUGGUGGUGGCGGGAGGUUGGCGAAGGAAAUGGGCAUUCCAUUCUUGGGCGCUGUGCCGCUGGACCCUAGGGUGGGUAUGGCCUGCGACUAUGGGGAAAGCUUCAUGGAUAACUUUCCCGAUAGUCCUGCAUCUGCUGCCUUGAGAGGGGUGGUGAGAGGCAUCGUGAAGCUGGUUGGGGAGGAUCCAGAUGAGGUUCUUCCUAAUGUUGAGUGGAGCUAG